AUGCGGCCACUGCCCUCAACUUCGAGUAGAAACCAGCACCAUGACGACUCCGACACCCUGUCGCAACAAACACCGGUAGCAUCCCUAGAUUGCUUCAUUACUACAGAGGCUGGUAUAAUAGGCGACUAUUCUGGUCAGCGUCCCAUGGAAACCCGCCCGACCUUGCAGAAUCACACGCAGAAACAAGGCGUCAGUCCAACUAUGCCCGCACCUUGUGGUCAUAUUCCAUCAUCUGUGGGCUCGUCUAAUGCAGAACAUGAAAAGUCCUCACGACCCUUAACACCGGUAUUGAGUGAUAACGCGGGCCUUUUUGGUCCUGAUUCGGCAAACAGCACUCCCUCAUCCCCUGGAGGCUUAUCAAGUGUCGCCAUGUCCGAAGACCCUCACAGUCUAUCAGCUAGCUUCUCCGACCUUCCUCUCAGUCACUCGCCACUUCCAGACAUCUCGUCAAGUUCGCCGAGAGCUAUCACGCCUCAGCUUGUGAUGCCUAGCUUAACAGUUCCUCAACGCCGACCGUUUUCAGAGACCGGGAGGUCACUGGGCAAACUCAAGAUCUUAGUGACAGGACGUCAAGGUAUCGGAAAGACAUCUCUCAUCCUCGCAAUCGCCCAAUCAUCUACUCACAUAGUCCAUAUGGACGCCAUGGAUACAGCUUCUACCACUCAAGUCAAGGAUGUGUACGCGAGCACCCGCCCAGUGCCAUGGUGGAGGACAGACCUAGAUCACGGCAUGGCUCGAAGGAGGCAGUCUCUAACCUCAGACGGAGUUUUGGAUAGGAAUAUCUGCUUUGUGGACUGCCCAGAUCGCGAAGUCGAUGUCCAGCAUCAUUCGCCUGCAGUCGAGUACGUCGAGUCCCACCUGGCUCGACUGUUGAAUAAGCCCAUCAACGACACAGAUCUGGGCCCAACUCAUCACGAUCUGGAAUGUAUGCGACACUUGGAGGAUUCAACGAAUGUCAUUCCGCUAUUGGCGCGUGCAGAUGAGCUCUCUACUAAUGGGCGUCUCGCUGCCCAGACCAAAAUUUUGCAGGACAUCCAAGCUGCAGGUCUAAAUUGUUUCUCCUUCUCUGCUCCCGGUGACACCCGGGACUCUCCUCACAUCAAUGCAAUCUCCAGUGCAACAAGGGCCGAUUAUGACACAGUGGAUGCUAGUAUUCUUAUGAGCUCGGAUUACCUGCCACCGCUAGUCCUGACUGACCUCAAUGAUCUCAUCGCGAAGACUCUAUCAAUGGAGGGCAGCACUUGGCUUCGGCACUCUGCAGCAUGCAAAGCAAUCAAGUGGUUGCGGCGGCAAAGACGACAAGGUGGAUUAUCAUACUCCCCCCUUGGUUGCGGGGUGAUGUCUUCCAUUUCUGGCAUCAGCCAUGGCCAGCUUACAAACAGAUCGCAUAACCGACAACACUGGGACCGUAUUGAAAUGUCAAGCUGGGCUGAAGGAUUGCGACAAAGCUUAGCAACAGAGAGGUCUAAUCAAUCCUGGCAGCAUAAUUCGAAGACCAUGUCCUUGACGCAGAGGCAUCUGAAUGUAACAAAACAUCGCCGAGGAUACCCCUCUGCCUCGCGGACCAUGGCUCCUGCGUCGGCAAUGAGUCAUGAAGAUCCUCUCGGGUUGUUACAACUCUGA